GUACAACGAGGAUAAGUCUUUAAUAUUUUGGGUGAAUGAAGAAGACCAUUUAAGAAUCAUUUCUAUGCAGAUGGGAGGAGAUAUGAAAGAAGUAUUUACUCGUUUCUGUGAUGGGAUAAAUCAGGUUGAGAAAACCAUAAAACUGAUGAAUCGUGAGUUCAUGUUCAAUGAUAAACUCGGCUAUAUUAAUACGUGUCCAAGUAACAUCGGAACUGGACUCAGAGCAAGUGUUCAUAUUAGAUUGCCAAGAUUAACAAACCAUCCAGCGUUUAAAGGGGUUGUAACUAAGCUAAAUCUUGAAUGUCGCGGAUUAGAUGGCGAAGAAAGUGGCAUAGAGGGCGGUGUUCAGGAUAUUUCGAACGAGUUACGUCUGGGAUAUUCUGAAGUGUACCUUGUACAGAGUUUGAUUGAUAGCAUCAACCUACUGACUGAAAUGGAAACACGACUGGAAAAUGAUGAAGAUAUAGACAAUUUAUUACCUAU